AUGCUAAAAAUGUCAAAUAUGAAGAGCAUUACGAAUGCCGCACGAACAGUACAAAAGAGACCUUUCAGGGUUUCUAUAGAAGGUAACAUCGGCUCUGGGAAGUCAACGUGCAUCAAGUUCUUUGAUAAAUAUCCCAACGUUGAGAAACAUGGGGAACCUCUAGAUGAUUGGCGCAACGUCAGAGGUCACAACCUUCUUGGACUGCUCUACAGUGACCUUAACAAGUGGAGCUUUGCUUUCCAACACUAUGUGCAUCUGAGUCGUCUAAAAAUACAAACCAGCCAGCCUUGUAACCCGAACAUCACUGUUAAAAUGUUUGAAAGAUCAGUGCAAAAUAGCAGACAUUGUUUUGUGGAGAAUGCCAAGAAGCAAAACUUUUUGGAGGAUCCUGAGUACCAGACACUGUCCGCUUGGUUUGAGUACUCUGAGAAACAUCUUGAUAUUAAUUUAGAUCUCAUAGUUUAUCUAAGGACAACUCCUGAGACGGUUUAUGAAAGGAUGCUGAAACGUGGCAGAGCUGAGGAAUCUGAAGUACCUUUAGAUUAUUUGAAACAGGUCCAUGAAUCAUAUGAAAACUGGCUGAAUUCACCAGACGUAGGGUGCGAAGUGCUGACAAUUGAUGCAGACAGAGGCCUUGCCUGCGUAAAAGAGGAUCUUGAAAGAUACUCCUACAAGAUACUUGGUGGUAAUCACACCAAUUAA